AUGCACAGGUGCUCUCGUCCCUGUGGCCACGUUUCAGUCCCAAGCUCGCUCCGCCUUCUGCGUCUGCAGUUCCCCAAAGGACGGGGAAGCCCGAGUGAAGACAGCACCGCAGACCUGCGCUGCAGCCCCGGCUCCACUGCCAGCCGAGCACCUUGCUGGUUCCCAGUGCUGCGCACAUCCCAUAGGCCAGAGGCAGCAGGUGGCUGCCAGGUGCUCUGGGAGCCCUGGUCCAGCUUGGAGCUGCACUCCUGGCUGCUCUUCCGUGACCUGGUUCUAGAUGCCGGCCAGCCUCGGCCUGCCAUCAAGUCUUGCAGGGGAGAGCUGCAGAGUGGUGGGUGUGAUCGAGUCAUUGGACAGGGCCCCAGGAAAGAAGUGCGGAAGGGCAGGUGCCCGGAGUUGCUGGGCCCCUGGCUCCUCCCUGGCACCCCAUAUCUCUGCCUUGUGGUCUUGUUGGGCCAGGGGGCCUUGCUGCAGGGACAUCCCCAGUGCCUAGAUUACAGGCCCCCGUUUGGCCCUCUGCACCUUGAGUUCUGCUGCUACUACCAGUCCUUCAGGUGCUGUGACCAGUGUUGGGACCUGCUCCUUGCCGUGUUUCAGGACAUUGUGAAGCACUUGGACCUGUGGGACCAUGUGCUGUGUAGCAGGUGCAUUAAAGACACUCUGUGCCAGGAGUGCUCACCCUAUGCCGCCCACCUCUACGACGCCGAUGACCCUCGGUCCCUUCUCUGCAGCCUGCCAGGCCUCUGCUCCAACUACUGCUCUGUGUGACCCCCCAUCUGCUGCCCCGCCAUCUCCCUGCUUACCAGCCAUGGCAGCCCCUAGUGGCCCUGGGACACAGAUGGCAUCCACUUCUGCCACCUGCUUGACCUCCCGGACAAGGACUACUGCAUCCCCAAUGUGCUGAGGAACGAUUGCCUCACCUGCAGCCUAGGGGCAGUGACUGAGGGCCACUGGGGCUGCCUGCAGCUCUGCCUGGCCGAGGUGGCCAAUGGGCUGUGGAACCCGGUGUCCAUGGUCCACACCGGGGACACCACCCAUCACCUGUUUUGGCUGAGCAGUUUCUGUGGGGUGGUGUGGGUAUACCUGCCUGACGGGAGCUGCCUGGAGCGGCCCUUCCUGGGCCUGAGCAGUGUGCUGACCACACUGUGGGGUGGGGACGAGUGGGGCUUUCUGGGGAUGGAUGCUUUUCACCCCCGGUUCCACCGCAACCACAAAUUCUAUAUUUAUUACUCAUGGGGCAAGAAAAAGGUGGAGAUUGGUAUCAUCGAGAUGAAGGCUUCUCGGGCUGACCCCAACAGAGCGGAACCGAAGUCCGAGAGGGCCAUCUUGGAGUUAGAUGAGCCUGCCUCCAAUCACAAUGGCGGGCAGCUGCUCUUCAGCCUGGAUGGCUACCUGUACAUAUUCACCAGGGAUGGUGGGCAGGUGGGGAACCUCUUGGGCAAGUCUGGAAACGCUCAGAACAAGAGCUCGCUGCUGGUGAAGGUGCUGAGGAUCGAUGUGAACAGGCCAGGGGGUGAGUGGUACCAGGUCCCCGAGGACAACCCCUUCCUCCCUGAGCCAGCUCACCCCGCCACCAUCUAUGCCUAUGGGGUCCGAAACAUGUGACGCUGUGCAGUGGACGGAGGGGACCCGGUCACGCGGCAGGGCCGUGGCCGGCUGUUCUGUGGGGACAUGGGCCAGGACAGGAUUGAAGAGGUGGACCUCAUCAUCAAAGGCGGUAACUAGGGAGGGGAGGGGUUCCAGUGCUACCCUGGCAAACUCCGCAAUGCCUCUUUGGAUGACAUCCUGCCAAUCUACAGCCAUGCAGUGGGGAAGUCUGUCACCAGGGGCAACGUCUACCGCAGCUGCCAGUCCCUGAAUCUCAACGGCCUCUACAUCGGGGACUUCCUGAGCAGGUAAGGAAGCAUCGAUGCUUUGCAGGAAGAUAGAAAAACCCAGACAUGGAGGAAGUGGGACAUAUGGGGUGACACCGUGUCCCAUGCCUUCCUGGGGCUGAUCAGCACCCACAGCAUGUCUGUCAUCUCAUUUGCUAAGGAUGAGGCGGGGAAGCUGUACUUUUUAGUUUUAAAUUAUCCAAGUGCCUACACACCUCAUGGGUUGGUCUACAAGUUCAUGGACCCUUCCAGGUGAGCUCUGCCGGGCAAAUGCAGGUACAAGCCAGCGCUGGUGAGGACCAAGAGCAAGUGGGUCCAGCUCAGGCCGCUGGCCACCACCGUCCUGGAGCCGGCAGAGAAGGCUGCUAGGAACUCCUCCAGUGUGACCUUGGCACCCAGGCGAGCUCUGCCCCUGCCUCAGAGAGCUUCCUCCCAGAUGCUGGCUCCUCCUGCGAGCAGCAAGGUGUCAUGGGGUCCUGGUACCAAGAAGAAAGCUAGAGCAUGGCCCCCAGAUGCCCAGGGGAAGAGGAGGGGGAGCCCCAGGGCCCAUGGCAGCAGGAGGAGGUGGUCAGCACUGCAGUGGCCAGUGUACAAGAGUCACCCUCACUCUUUGGUUAAGGUGGCUGCAGCAACACGGAAGAGAAGUGCCCACCACGUGGCGACCACCGCUGGCUGCAGCCUUGGGAGCCUGGGAAGCUGGGGGGGAGUUGGGUGGGGCUGACGUGCAGCCUGGAAUGUCCCUCUAAGGGCCCUGCUGUCCUCUGCAGGGAUAAAGGCCCCAGCUGGCUGUGAGCACUGAGAGCGCUUCUGUGGGAUUACAGCCCACACUGCCCCAGCCUGAGUGCCCCUGGGUGCCUUGCUGAUGCCCCUGUGCUGUUGCAUAGGUGCCCUCAA